AAACCAAUCAGGAAGCUUUGUAAGUCCCUCAUCAGACUUGAAGAAAUUAGGAAUGCAAUUGGAGUGUUCGCCGGUAAACCAAACCAAGCAGGGAUGUCCAACAGCAGCAAUCUCUCCUGCAGUGACGUUUGAAACCACAGAAGAUGAUAAUCGAAAGGAGGCGGCGGGUUCAUGCCCAGACUAUUUCCAAUGGAUCCAUGAAGAUCUACGGCGAUGGAAGGUCACAGGAAUCACAAGUGAGAUGGUGGAGAGUGCAAAGAGUAGAGCAGAUUUCCGGUUGGUUAUAGUGAAUGGAAGGGUUUAUAUAGAGAAGUACAGAGAAGUGUUUCAGACGAGGGACUUGUUUACGUGGUGGGGGAUUUUGCAGCUACUGAGGAAGUACCCUGGAAGAAGAAGACUACCAGACUUGGACCUCAUGUUCAGCUGUGCCGAUAAGCCUAAAAUCAGAUCAAGCGAUUACCAGCUACCAAACACCACUACUGCUCCCCCACCGUUGUUUCAGUACUGUGGGAAUGCUUGGUCCUUGGCUAUCGUUUUCCCUGACUGGUCCUUCUGGGGUUGGCCAGAGCUUAACAUAAAGCCAUGGGAAAUUAUGUUAAAAGAAUUUAGAGAAGCCAAUGAAAGGAAGAAAUGGAUUCAAAAGGAACCUUAUGCUUUCUGGAAAGGGAACCCUUUUACCUCCAGAAGCAGGAAAAACCUAAUGAAAUGCAAUUCUAAAGACCAGCAGGAUUGGAAAGUUAGAGCCUACGCCAAGAAUUGGAAAAGUGAGAUUCAACAAGGUUUUAAACAAUCAGAUUUAACGAAACAAUGCACCCACAGAUAUGGUAUUUACAUAGAAGGAAGAGGUUGGUCUGUUAGCCAGAAGUACGUUCUAGCUUGUGAUUCCGUUACUUUGUUCGUAGACCCUCAAUACUAUGACUUCAUCACAAGAUCUCUAAUGCCUAUGUAUCACUAUUGGCCUAUAAGAGGCGACGAUAUGUGCAGAGCUAUUAAGUUCGCAGUCGAUUGGGGAAAUAUUUACAAACAAGAGGCACAAGCCAUUGGAAAGGCGGCGACCAAAUUCAUACAGGAGGAGCUAAAGAUGGAUUAUGUGUAUGACUACAUGUUUAAUUUGCUGAAUGAAUAUGCCAAACUCUUGAAGUAUAAGCCCACUAUACCUGAAGGUGCCAUUGAAUUUUGUUCGGAGACAAUGGCUUGCCCUGCAGAUGGGUUGGUGAAGAAGUUUAUGAUGGAUUCCAUGGUUAAGGGUCCUGCAGUUACAAGCCCAUGCACCAUGCCUUCUUCCUUUGAUCCUCCGGUUAGGCAAGCUUUUCUAAAAGAAAAAGAAGCUAUAUUAAAGCAGGUGGAGGAAAUGGAGAAGAAAUCUUAG